CGCUGAGAAAGGAUCUGAACGCAAAGAGGAAGAGAUCAGAUCGGUCACUACCAUGGUCAGAAAGCCUGCGGCAUCCACCAUCUCCAGUGGGGGUUACCUGCAGGGCAGUGUUAACGCGAGGCUGUCUUCCCCGGGCGGCAAGGAGCCACCUGGGCAGGAGAAAGUUGUGCUGAAGAGGAAAAUCAGUCUGUUAAGAGGGGUCUCCAUCAUCAUCGGCACCAUCAUCGGAGCAGGAAUCUUCAUCUCCCCUAAGGGCGUGCUCCAGAACACGGGCAGCGUGGGCUUGUCCCUGGUGGUCUGGACGGUCUGCGGGGUCCUGUCACUGUUUGGAGCCUUGUCCUAUGCUGAACUGGGAACAACUAUAAGGAAAUCUGGUGGUCAUUACACAUACAUUCUGGAAGUCUUUGGCCCAUUACCAGCUUUUGUGCGAGUCUGGGUAGAACUGCUCAUUAUACGCCCUGCAGCCACUGCUGUGAUAUCUCUGGCCUUUGGACGGUACCUUCUGGAACCAUUUUUCAUUCAGUGUGAAAUUCCUGAACUUGCAGUCAAGCUCAUUACAGCUGUGGGCAUAACUAUGGUGAUGGUCCUAAAUAGCAUGAGUGUCAGCUGGAGCGCCCGGAUCCAGAUUUUCCUAACCUUUUGCAAGCUCACAGCAAUUCUGAUCAUUAUAGUCCCUGGAGUGAUGCAGCUAAUUAAAGGGCAAACACAACACUUUAAAGAUGCCUUUUCCGGAAGAGAUGCAAGUAUUAUGGGAUUGCCACUGGCUUUUUAUUAUGGAAUGUAUGCAUACGCUGGCUGGUUUUAUCUCAACUUUGUCACUGAAGAAGUGGAAAAUCCUGAAAAAACCAUCCCCCUUGCCAUAUGUAUAUCCAUGGCGGUCGUCACAGUUGGCUAUGUGCUAACAAAUGUGGCCUACUUUACGACCAUUAGUGCCCAGGAGCUGUUGCUUUCAAAGGCAGUGGCAGUGACUUUUUCUGAGCGGCUCCUGGGAAAUUUCUCAGUAGCAGUUCCAGUCUUUGUUGCCCUCUCCUGCUUUGGUUCCAUGAAUGGUGGUGUGUUUGCUGUCUCCAGGUUAUUCUAUGUUGCAUCUCGGGAGGGUCACCUUCCGGAAAUCCUCUCCAUGAUUCACAUCCGCAAGCACACUCCUGUACCAGCUGUUAUUGUUUUGCACCCUUUGACAAUGAUAAUGCUCUUCUCUGGGGACCUCUACAGUCUUUUGAAUUUCCUCAGUUUUGCCAGGUGGCUUUUUAUUGGGCUGGCGGUUGCUGGGCUGAUUUAUCUUCGAUACAAACACCCAGAUAUGCAUCGUCCUUUCAAGGUGCCGCUCUUCAUCCCAGCUUUGUUUUCCUUCACGUGUCUCUUCAUGGUCGCCCUUUCCCUUUAUUCAGACCCAUUUAGUACAGGGAUUGGCUUCACCAUCACUCUGACCGGGGUCCCUGCCUACUAUCUCUUUAUUAUAUGGGACAAGAAACCCAGGUGGUUUAGAAGAAUGUCAGACAUUACAACCAGAACAUUACAAAUAAUACUGGAAGUUGUACCAGAAGAAGAUUGUCAUAAAUUAUAA